AUAAUGAAGUCCAGGACCCCAGCCUUAGACUUCAAUGACUUUUACAGUAUGGACUUUUGUGUUUUGAAAUAUUUGGGAGUUUGGAUUCCUCAUGCAACAAGCGGAAAGUAUUACAAAAUCUACUUUGUCAUUAUCAAUUUCUUUUUUUGUGCGAUUCUCAAUCUGGUGCAAAUUCUCAAUUUGUUUCAUCAAAUGGAUAACCUGAAAAAAUUAUCGGCAUGUGGAUACGUAGUAGCAAUUGCUUGUAUGGCGAACGUGCGAUCAUAUUACUUUUUCAAAAACCGAAAAGAACUGCUUUCUCUCUUGAAGUUUUUCAGUGAUGAACAAUUCCAACCGCAGAAUGAACAUCAGCUCUCUCUGGCAAGAAAAUCUUUGGACUUUUACAAGAAGAUAAAGAAACUAAUAUCGACAGUCUGUACAAUCAGUGUAAUCUCUGCUGUAUCAACUCCUGUGUUUUAUACGAAGAAUGAGCUGAACCUUCCAUUUGCUUCUUGGUAUCCUUUCGCUGUCUCUUCGCCUCCUGUUUAUCAGAUUGUUUACCUCCACCAAUGCAUAGCAGUUAUUUACAUCACUUACGUUAACACAUACGUUGAUAUAAUCAUGGCAGGGUUCACAACUUUCAUUGGAAUACAAUGUGAUCUAUUAUGUGACACAUUAUACAACGUAUCUGAUUCGCAACCUCCUGAAGGGAAUGUGAAUAUUCUUUCUUGUAUCGCACAUCAUAAAAAAAUUCUGUGUCUCCAACAGGAAGAAAUUAAUUUCGAAUGCCUCUAUUUAUUUUUCUACCAGACGUCAAUUUUCUGCCUACUUUUGAUUCCUUGCUGGUUUUCAUCAGAGAUGUGUAGAAAAAGUGAAAAUAUCGCUAAAGCAGCUUACAGUUGUCAUUGGGUCACAGCUUCAGGAGCUUUCAAGAAGAACCUGAUAAUUUUAAUUCAUAAGUCACAAAAGCCAAUAAGGUUUUAUGCUGUUGGGUUGUUCCAGAUUUCUGUGGAAACUUUUAUGACGAUUGUUCGAUCUUCUUUCUCCUUCUACACAGUAUUGAAUACUCUUGAACUGAAAGAAGAAUGAAACGUUCAUGAUGUUGUAACUAAAAUGUAGUGUGACAUAGUACAAGAAAAUCCCACUAUUCUCACCCACAUCACAUUAUACAUCACCUAGCAAUUAUUGGUUUCCACUUUUUCGAAAAAUUAUUUCAAUAUCUAUCAGCAUUAUACUACUUUUUUACCCAAUGAACUUACUGUCACUAUUGAACACACGAGUAGAAAACUGCUUCAUUUGCUAAUCACUCGGUUGUCUGCCACAUACUGCGAUGGAAGCAAUGACAGGAUGACACGGAAAGAGACGAUAAGAGACGAAAAGAGAUGAGAAAAGACGAG